AAGAAUCAAAUAAUAGUGAGAGUGUUCAUGAUUUAACUCAAGAUACAGACAGUGAUAAUGAAGAUGAUUCAACACUAGAUGAAUUUGAUUGUGGUGAAGAGGUAGCUAAUAUUCAAGAAAGUGAGAAAAAAGAAAAUGAUGUGUAUUAUAAGAAUGAAUCAAUUGAAUAUUCAAAUAUUUGGGACUAA